CUAUUAUAUCCGAACUUGUGAACAGUAAUAAUGCUAAAGAAAUACAUCCUUAUUUUUUAUUUUAUGUCUGCUGUGUUCUGCAAAUGCCAAAAACCAUUUAAAACAUGUAGGGUAGAUGAUUCAGAGUGUCAAAGAAAAGAAGCAGAAAAAACAUUGGCCCACUUUGUUAUAGGAAACAAGGGAUGCAAAAUACCUCCUAUUAUACCUAUGGUGGUCCCAAAAGUUGAAAUAGAUGGUCCAGGAUUAAGCCUAAAAUUCAAUGAGAUGAAAGUAUAUGGGCUUGAAAGAGGAAAAUAUAAGGAUAUUAGAAUAAAUCCUAAAGAGAAGACAAUUUAUGUUCAAGUUUUAAUUGAUAAUGGAUCUUUAAUAGGUCCAUAUCAUCUUAAAGGAAAUUUAGGACCUAUCGUUAUAGAUGGACAGGACAAUGCAAACAUUACUGCCAUUAAUGUUCUCUUUAAUUGGACAGCCACUUAUGAAGUCAAAGAAAAACAUGGAAAGCAAUAUGGUAACAUUAUAGAUAGCAAUAUUGUUUUUGACAUGGAUCUUGUUAUAUUCCAAUUCGAUAAUGUUGUUACAGGAAAUGACCAACUUAGCCAAGCAACAAAUAAGGCACUGAAUGCAGACUGGAGAUCAGUGGUAGUAGAAUUGGCACCUGGUGUAGGAAAAAUUAUAAGCAGCAUUUUUAAAUUGGGCUUAGGGAACAUAAUGGAGUAUAUACCAUUAGAUGAAAUAUUUACUGUGUAAAGAGAAAUUAAUAGUUAAUUAGUAUUCUAACUAUAGUUAAUAUAGACUAUACCUAAAAAAUUGAUGUCAUAAUAUUAAUUUACUUAAUAAACAUAAAACCCUUUUUUGGACAAAUGUAUACGUAAUUGAAUUAAAUUAACAAUAAAAAUUUCUACUUUCACAGGAAAUUAUUUGUGUUUAAGUAUUUUUGCAAAAUAUAUUAUACAGGGUGCAAUGAGAAGAAAACUUUAUAUGGACGGCAAAUGGUGCCUAAGGUACCUAAAACUUCCCUAAGGGGCGCCUCUGAAGAUGUUUUAUUAUUAUUAUUAUGUCUGAAACGG